CUCCCUCCCUAGCCACCCAUCGCUCAGGUUUGCUUUGUCCACGAUGGCUGCCCUGCAGAAAUCCGUGAGCUCUGCCCUCGUGGCCGCGCUGGCCGCCGGCUGCCUCCUCAUCCUGGCACUGUGCGCCCAGUGGGGAGCAGCUCUGCCCAUCACGUCGCACUGUAGGCUCAACGAGUCUGACUUCCAGGAACCCUACAUCAUCAACUACACCUUCACCCUGGCCCAGGAGGCUAGUUUGGCAGAUAACAUCACAGAUGUUCGUCUCAUUGGGAAAAAACUGUUCCAGGGAAUCAAUCAGGUGACAAAACGCUGCUAUCUGCUGAAGCAGGUACUGAACUUUACUCUUGAAGAGGUGCUGCUCCCCCAGUCCGAUAAAUUCCAGCCCUAUAUGAAAGAGGUGGUGCCUUUCUUCGCCAAGCUCAGCAAAAAGCUAAGCCAAUGCCAUGAAUAUGACAACCAGCACAUCCAGAGAAAUGUACAGAAUCUGAAGAACACAGUGAGAAAGCUUGGAGAGAGUGGGGAGAUUAAAGUCAUUGGAGAACUGAACUUGCUGUUUAUAGCCCUGAGACGUGAAUGUGCUCAAGUAGAACAAGGCUGGAAAAUGGAUUACUAACCUUUCUCACCUGUUAAACAAUAAGAUCCCCUGAGGUUUUCUUUUAUCAAAAGGAAAAGGGGAAGCCAAACUCCAUAGUCCUGUGUAAAUUCUAAAAAAACCCUGGCUUAGCUUCAAAAUGAGAACGAUGUCACUUGUAUCCAUAAGAUCAGAAGCUAGACCUUCCAAGCAUAUUAAUAACUUUUUAUUGUAGUCAGUGUUUUAUACACAGAAAUUUAACUAUUUCCCCACAAAAAAGAUUACUUUGUCUCUUUAGAAAAAGCCCCUAAAUAACUUUAUUUCCAUAAUCAAUACUUUAUAUUUAUGAAUUAAUUUAUUGUUAUAAGUACAUGUCUUAUUAUUUAUGUCACUUUACUAAUAUGGGUUUA